UGUGACAGUUGAAUGGGAAGCAAUAAUAUAGAAAAUGUCAGUUGUGGGAUUUGAUGUCGGAUUUCAGAACUGCUAUAUUGCUGUCGCCAGAGGUGGAGGAAUUGAAACGGUGACAAAUGAAUUCACAGACAGAUGCACACCAGCUGUUGUGUCAUUUGGCCAAAAAAAUAGAACCAGUGGCAAUGCUGCAAAAAAUCAGCUCAUAUCCAAUGCCAAGAACACAGUGUUCAACUUCAAGAGGUUACAGGGCAGGUCAUUCCAAGACCCUGUGGUUCAAAGUGAGAGGGCUAACCUGCCAUAUGACCUGGGACCCACAGAGGAUGACCGAGUCGGAACCAAGGUGCUGUACAUGGAUGAAGAGCACCAGUUCAGCAUUGAGCAGGUCACUGCCAUGCUUCUGACUAAGAUGAAGGAGAUCGCUGAAGCUAAUCUUCAGAAGAAGGUGCAAGACUGCGUCAUCUCUAUCCCUUCAUUCUUCACUGAUGCAGAAAGGAGGUCUGUGUUGGAUGCUGCCCACAUUGCUGGUCUGAACUGCCUGAGGCUAAUGAAUGACACUACAGCAGUUGCCUUGAAUUACGGGAUAUACAAACAGGACCUCCCCCCCGCAGAGGACAAGCCCAAGAUUGUGGUUUUUGUUGACAUGGGCCACUCUGCAUUUCAAGUGUCCGUCUGUGCGUUCAGUAAGGGAAAAGUGAAGAUGCUAGCCACAGCUUUUGACCCUUACUUGGGUGGAAGGGACUUUGAUCAGAGGGUGGUGGAGUACUUCUGCACCGACUUCAAGUCGCGGUACAGGCUGGACGUGAAGUCCCGCGCCCGCGCCCUCCUGAGGCUCCAGCAGGAGUGCGAGAAGCUGAAGAAGCUCAUGAGCAGCAACUCCACCGACCUCCCCCUCAACAUCGAGUGCUUCAUGGACGACAAGGACGUGUCUGGGAAGAUGAAUAGGGCCCAGUUUGAGGAGCUGUGCGCAGACCUGAUCGAGCGGGUGUCGGUCCCCCUGGUGGCAGUGAUGGAGCAGGCGCAGCUGCAGCCCCAGGACGUCAGCGCCGUGGAGAUUGUGGGCGGGGCCACCCGGAUCCCCGCCGUCAAAGCGAAAAUCUCCAAGUUCUUCGGGAAGGAGGUCAGCACCACGCUCAAUGCAGACGAAGCUGUGGCCAGAGGCUGUGCUCUGCAGUGCGCCAUUCUGUCCCCGGCAUUCAAAGUGCGGGAGUUCUCCAUUACCGAUGUCAUGCCUUUCCCGGUAACUCUCAGCUGGAGCAGCGAAGCCGACGAAGGCAACGGAUGCCAUGAAGUCUUUUCCAAGAAUCACGCUUUUCCGUUCUCCAAAGUCAUUACGUUCUACCGGAAGAAUCCUUUUACGCUUGAAGCCCAUUACACAGACCCGACCUCUCUGCCAUACCCGCAGGCCAAGAUCGGUGAAUUUGCUGUGCUGAAUGUGUCCCCUCAGGAGGACGGCGAGCGCUCCAAGGUUAAGGUGAAAGUGCACGUGGACGCGCACGGAAUCAUCGGCGUGUCCUCCGUCGCCAUGGUGCACAAGGUGAGGGUGGAGGACCAGAAGGCCGGGGCUGGGGAAGACGCCGUGCCCGAGGAGACCAGCGCUCAAAAUGGCGUCGACAGCCUCGAUGCCCUGGACAAGAUACACGAUAAAAAAGAUGGUGAUAUCCAAGCCUGGGUUGACACUGAAAACCAGCUGGCUCCACAGUGCCCCCCCAUGGAUGGGGGAAGCCAUACCAAUCCACAGAGCGUGAAUGCAGACGUGAACACCCACCACCCGCCCGAUGCCAAGAAGCCCAAGAUGAAAGUCAUGCACAUCAGCCUGCCCGUCGAGGCCCGACUGGUGCAGCAGCUGGGAAAGGAUCGCCUCAGUGUUUACAGAGAGCAGGAGGUUAAGAUGAUCGCGCAGGACACGCUGGAGAAGGAGAGGAGUCAUGCCAAAAACGCGGUGGAGGAGUACGUUUACUACUUCAGACACCAGCUGGAGGGGCCGUAUCAGACGUACCUGAGUUCAGAGGAACAAGACAAGUUCUCAGAGCUCCUGACCAAGACUGAGAACUGGCUCUAUGAUGAAGGGGAUGACCAGGACAAAAAAGUGUAUCUGGACAAGCUGGAACAAAUCCAGAAACUCGGCAUGCCUAUGCAAGAGAGGUACCAGGAGGCCGAAUGGAGGCCCAAGCUGUUUGAGGAGCUCAAAACCAAAAUCGAGGUGUACAUGAGGGUCGCGGAGGACUACAAGAACAAGGACGAGAAUUACAUGCACAUAGACGCGGUGGACAUGGAGAAGGUGAGCAAGUGUGUGCAGGACGCGCAGGAUUGGAUGACCGCCGCCAGCUCCGCCCAGGACAGGCUCCGCCCAGAUGAGGACCCCGCGGUCCACAGCUCCCAAAUCAGGGAGAAGCUACAGGAGCUGGAGAACGUGUGCGAGCUGGUGGUCACCAAGCCCAGGCCCAGAGUGGAGUCCCCGGCGGAGGAGCCCGCGCAGACGGACGACUGCAAGAAGGCCGACGGCGUGGCCACGGAGCAGGAGACGGGCCUGCAGAACAGCGAAAACUCCCCGUCCUGCAUGGAGGUGGAGUAGAGCCAAAAUGGCUGCCGCAAGUCAGCGUGGAAAUAAAAGAACACGAUACGGAUUAUACCAAGUGAACUUCACGCUGCGUCAGUGCAGGCCCCUUUGCCGUGACAUGGAUGUGUAUGUCCUGUGUGCUAAAGCAAGAAAGCUAAAUUAAAUAUAUUUUUCUGUUCAUCGGUGCACUUUUCUGUACUUUUGUUUCUUGUUCUUUGGGAUUUUAUUCUGGUGUUUAUUCUGGUUCACACAUGUUCUGUUUUUUUUUUUCCUGUUCAUCAGUGGACUUUAGUGUUUCUUUCUUCCGUGUUCUUCUAGAUUUUUCUUUGUUUGUGUGUAUAUUGCGGUUCAGACAUCUUUUUGUGUUACCUGGUUUUCUACGUGUUGUUGUUGCGCCAGGACAAUCUGUCAAUGGAAAAAUAUUAUUGAGCAGUAAAGUUGGUUUCACUUGUUAUUUAAGGGAAAAAAACAAGGUUAAGCCAUAGCACGCAAUCCAGUAGAAUAUGUGAAUUACUGUGGAAGGCAUCAUCAUAAAAAAUGGAAAUGUUAACUUUAAAUUAUAUUUACAGCAUAUGCUACUUUUAUUUUUGCUACUAUACUUAAGUCAGUGGUUAGCUGUGAAUAAAAUUAUACCCAGGUAAAGUGCUAAAUGCAAUGUCCUUGUUGCACAAUACAGUGUUUAAGUGUUCCCUGAAACAUACCCUGAAACGUUUUAACAAUUCCCAUACGUACUACAGAGAACCCUGAACAUUGUACAACAUUUGGUUUACAAAGAAUAAAUAUGGUUGUCCCUUCUCUGUAGUUUUUGAGCCCUGUUGUAAGGAAGCAAACCGAGUUGGAAGGGGCUAGCAGAAGCACUAGCUCGGAUGAACUGAAGUGUUUAAAUCGUGUUUUGGUACUUUACAGUGAAAGUGCAUGACGUGCAAGGGGCAGAUAGUGACAGGGCCUACAUCUGUACUGAUUCAAAGCUUUUGAGAGCAUGUGACUGUGGACGAGCCAAUCAGAACCAUUUUCACAUUCCCAUGAAACGAGUGGCUUGACCAUAGAAUGUUUAUUUUACUGUUUUCCCAUGCAGUGCAUGCUGUACCACUCUCUUUCUGUACUCGUGUGUGUGACUGCAUUUGUGUCCUCAAUAUGAUACUGAAUCACUGAUAAUGGUUAUUUUUCAUAGAAUCUUUAAAUUUGUGAAAUGUUUCGGCUGAACUUAAGUUCACUAAAGCUUAAAAAAAAAAACAUAUUUAAGUUUGCUUUUUGUGCCACCAUCGCAAUACAGUUGUUUAUGUUGCGCUUUUGUUUUCUUUGGCUGCAAAGCCUAUAUUCUCGCUGCCCCAGAAGCGAAUGCGGUUAAAGUCAUUUUUUUGCGUUUGUCCACUGAAUGCUGUUCCUCCACAGUCCUGUUCCCGGGGCAGAUACAGGGAGGCUGUGGUUCUGCCGACUGCAACAGCUGCGGAGAUUUGCAGACGUUGAUCGGCAAAGCGUUACUGUGAUCCAGCAGGCCCCCCCUUCUCCGCAAUGCUGGAGAAGAACGGAUCCAUCGCGGCCAGGGAGAGAUCGGGCUUUUUGCAGACGGUCGACGUAUCGUCGAUGUCGAAGCACUUCAGCGUGUGGUAGGCCUUGGGGCCGCCAUGGUUCGGUGGCUUGUUGGUGUUCUUGAAUAUUUCAUGAUGUAGUCUGAAAUGUAAAAAAAAAAAAAAAGGAAAAAUGUGGGACCAAUCUGCUGUGCUGUAAUGUGCUAAAUAAAAGGAUACACACGUAAUGU